AUGGGCCUUGCUUCGAGCCCGACAGUUAAUAGGAGAGACACCGGGAGUAUCAACCCGGCUGAGGGCACUUUCUGGCUUCGCGACACACCGGCGAAACAGGUUCUAGAGAAACUCAAUAAGAGGCAGGAGGGACCAUCCACUUGCGACUGUUAUGAGCCGCUGACGGAAACAUAUUCUGGAACCAUUACACCGACAUAUUUCGCAUUGCCAUUUCAGUCAUGUGACGUCCGCGACGUCACUUCGAACCUCUGCCCUACUGAUUUCGUUUGCGCAUGCCAGCAAAAUGGAACCAGCAUGUGCCUACCGACAGCAGUGCAGACUGAGACAGAGUGCGGUACCCCAUAUUCCGGCCCGACGACCUUUCCCCUACGAGACUUUACUUGGGCUCUGAGCUCUCCCCUCGCCGAAUUUGCCUUCCCGAGUGAACAGUGCGGAGGUUCAGUUGGAGUCAUCACUACUUUAGCCUGGAGAACCGAACAAACCAAGUGUCCUCGAUCACAGGCAUGCGUUUGUGAAAGUGCAUCGUUACAUGCGAAGUGUAGAGACAUUGAGCUCGUCCCUCCCGGUUUGGAGGAGGGCGAGUGCCUUACUACAUGCAAAUAUGAGUUCCGUUUAGAUGUCCCUGCUCCUACUGGAACGGCGAGACUGGGUGGUCAAUGCGGGGGUAGAUGCUGGCCCGGGCCGAGAAACUGCCCACCAAGUGCCACUUGCUUUACGGAAACGGGACCGACACCGGGAGGGUAUGCGGAGUGCGCCUUCACAAAUCCUGCACGCAAGUUGAAGGUUAGACGGGACCACGAAGUCCUCGUUGGUAAUCUCCCUGCAAGAGUACAGGCAAUGGCAACACCCAUCUACUUUUAA